AACUCUAUGUUGUUUGUGGUCUUGCCUGUCGUGUGCUUGUGGCUUGACAGCAAAAAAGAGUAAUUUCUUACAUUUUCCUCCAUAAUUGUUUAUUGUUUCACUGUUUCUUAUCGGCGAAAAUUGUAUUAUCUUCGCAAGUUAGCUGUAAAAAUGGAUAAAAGAAAACUUUCCACUGCAGGCGAUAGUUUGUAUCAAAUACUACAAGUACCUAAAACUGCUACAGCAGAUGAUGUGAAAAAAAGCUAUCGAAAAUUGGCAUUAAAAUACCACCCCGAUAAAAAUCCGAACAAUCCGGAAGCAGCAGACAAGUUCAAAGAAGUUAAUCGAGCACAUACAAUACUUAGCGACGCGACCAAGAGAAAUAUUUACGAUAAUUACGGAUCGCUCGGAUUGUACAUAGCCGAACAGUUUGGAGAAGAAAACGUCAAUGCCUAUUUCGUAGUUACAAGUACAUGGUGUAAAGCAGUAUUCUUGAUUUGCGGAAUUCUCACCGGAUGCUACUUCUGUUGUUGCUUGUGCUGCUGCUGUAACUGCUGCUGUGGGAAGUGCAAGCCUCGCCCUCCAGAAGAAUCCGGGGAUUAUCACACGUUGGAGCGCGAUGAUUCAGACGGCGUUCAAGCAGUGACAGUGCAGCCAGGUGGCGAGGGUCGUCCAAAAGGGGACCAGGCACCCCCCAUUGCCAUGCCCGCGCCGCCAGCCGUGGGCGGCGGUGCCUCAGAAAACACGGGGCUCAACACAGGAAGCAGUAUUCCAAAAUACACAUGAAGUAUUCACAUCUAUACUAGUCUAAAAUAAUUCUUAAGAAAAAUAAGGAACUGAAUUUUAAUAAUCACUACCAUGCACUACUUAAUGUAAUUUCAAAACGUAAGCCUUAAUUAAGUUUAUAUUUAUAUUUUUUUACUUUAUUUUUACUUGUAUAUUGCUUAAUCAGGUUUAUGUUUGCUAUUAAUUAAAGUUAUUGGCAAUAAU